AUGGCGGCUGCUGUAUUGCAUGACAGCAGUCAUCACAAGCAGCCAUGUACGUCGGCUACUUGCUGUUCGCCAUCCCGGCUUUGGCGAGCAGUGCAAACGUACAUUAGUACGGACGCCAAGCAAGACCUCGUCCAGUUGUGUCAAGACGAAAAUCGAGGACCGCAUGUUCUUCGUGUCCUAUUGACUUCCCGUCUAAACAAUGAUGCAUCCUUGUAUCCAGCCUCUCACAAGCAUCGUGUCAUCCAGUUUGACGCUUCCGUGCGUCCCAAGGCGGUAGCGUUAUUUGGUAAAUCGGCCACGGAUCUCAACGCGCUACAACUGGCGAUUUUUUACCGUCGUGAAAACCUGGCCAUCUGGUUGCUCAAGUAUUUACGCCCACGGUGUUCGUCCGCGGAGUUCAAAAUGUUUCUUCACCAUGUGUGGGGGCACAAAAAUACGUCGUUGCAUCUCGCUUGUUUCUUUGGGAUGCAUCGUCUUGUACAGCUUUUACUCGAUAUGGGAAUGGCCCCAUCCAUCAAAAAUGCGCGACACCUCACACCUGCUGAUUGUUGCAUGAAUAACCAGGAAUGUUUGGCCCUUCUCCAAAAGUCCCAGGCACCCACUGUCGUCGUGCCAAAGCGUCCACUGUCAACCUCACCCGCGGUUACCGUGUCUGCACCCAAAUCGCCGGUCAAGUCCACCCCCAUGACGCGCCCUGUUUUA